GGAAUACUUUUGAUAUAGUCCUUGCCUACUGAUCAGAAAAGUAAACAUUUUUGCCAUUUAUGGUGGCAACCAAGUAUUAGGUUGUCAAGUGAUUUACUGCCAUCAAGAUGGCUAAUGUUUUGAAUUUUAUUGAGAAAGUUCCGCCGAUAGAGCACCUGCUGGCUGGUGGGUUACCAAGUAUAGCAGCAUUAGAUACAUACAUUGCUGAUCUGGACAUGGACUUAGAUGAUAAUACCAAAGAAUUAGAUGUUUGUUUACAUGACAUGUUAAAGACCACUAACACAAUAGUGGGUAAGGAAUAUAUUACACCUAGAGAUGCUCUCCUCACCAUGAUCAGUACACAUACACUAGAGAAAGACACAUGCUACGAUCCUGAACCUGACGCUGUCACUGAAAUUCUCACACAUGCUGCAUAUAUGUUAGACCAGGUACCAGGCAGUGAAGAGGCUGUAUUCCAGGACCUGUUAUCACUAUCAUCUAAACAGGGUUUGUUGUUACCACUGAGGGCAACAGUUGUUGAUCCUAUAGCCUCGACUUUGUCUCUAAAUGCUGUAUCUGAUAACAGUGAGAUGCAUAUAUCACAGGCAUGGGACCAGAUAGCUCUUAGACUUAGGAGAUAUUUCCAGGACAGACUGACAAGUUUACCAGUGACACCCACUCCCCCUCAGAUAGAUAUAUAUGAGAGAAGACGUUUAAAAUAUCUGCAAAGUUUGAUGACACUUCAACCAGCAGAGGAAGUUUGGGAACGAUACCAGGCCAUUAGAAGACAACAGUUGGAAAGAUGUUUAAGUUUGUUGAUGCCAGAGAAUGAGUCUGAUGGUAUAGAUAUACUGAACAUAUCUGAACAUUGUGCUGAUGUAGCUAAGGUUAUUAUGCAGAUGAUGAAUGAAGAUUUUACGGUGCUGAAUGCUGGGGUCAUGAAGAAAUCAUCAAAUAUUUUUCACUUGUUUCAUAAAACUUAUUUAGACAAGUAUUCAGAUGAGAUGUCAGCUUUGAUUGAUGAAGUUUGGGAUGAAAUAAGGGAUUUACUCAAGCGUGGACCCUCACAGUCUUUCAGUGCACAGGGGUCAAAAAGGAAAUCAAAUGUCACCAAGCCUGGCGCCAGUACAUUACAGCAGGCACAUAGUCUUGAGACUGUCCUCGUACCUGGAGAAACAUCUGAAGCUGGGAGCCAGCUACCAACAAUUCCUACUAAGUACAUGAAGGUUAUGAUAAAUAUAGUAACAACUCUUCAUCAGAUAGAGGAGCAUAUGGACUAUCUACAGAGAGCAGCAAUCUGGGAUGUUGGUGGAAUUUCAACUAAGAAAAGUCAUCGGAAAGGAAGUUUAAAAGGUGUACUGAAGCCAAGUUCUAGUCCUGAACUGUCAAAGCGACCUAACAGUGCCAGCCUAUCUAUAGACUCUGAGUCAUGGAUGUCUGAUGGUAUGGCAAGCUCAUUCAGUUCUGUAUCAUCUAAUAUGAUGUUUGAAGCCCCAGCAGGUCCUAAAGUAACUGUGGUAGAGAAGAUGAAGAUGGAGGAGAAAGUGCGCUGGGACUGGAAGUUUAUAUUUAAGAAAAUUGCUCCAGAAUUAGCUCACAGUAUGCAAACUAGUAUUGAGUGUACAGUGAGAAACUGCCUUGAUGUAGAAUUAAGACAGUGGACAUCUUCCCACACCUUGACGACUGUUUCCCUGGAUGCAUCACAGUGGGGUGGUAGAUUAGACUAUCCCAAGGUCAUUUCUAAGGCAAUGUUUGACUUCAUGCAAGAACUGGAGACUUAUUUAGUGUUAGCUAAAUGUGGCAGUAGUGGAGUUUUACAUUCAGUGAGAUCAAAGUUCAUUGACUGUGCUAACACUUGUCUCAAGGAUAUCCACUCACAUCUUACCAAGUUGUCAACAGAGAUUCCGCUGCAGUCUCCAAUGAACAAUUUGUAUGUGAUAUUGUCCAGCGCUGCAUACAUACGUAAUCAUCUACUUCACUUUGACACAGUUCUAGCCGUAGAUGAAAGUAAGAAGCCAUUCAGCCUACAGUAUAAACAGUUUCUAGAGUUGGUGGAGCAUCUGACAGAUGACUUGAUACAGAAACAUAACAAUUAUAUAGCAACAAGCAUUCUACAUGAUAUAGAUAGCCAUGACUGGACGGAAACAAAGGAAUUCUAUGAGGGUGAGAGAUGUACGUUUCCAGUACAGAUGUGGCACUAUUAUUUACGUGGUGUACAGUAUGACAUGUGGUCUAUCUGUCCUCCAAAGCUUGCACAAACAUCUCUCAGUGUCAUAGUACAUGACUCACUACAAAUUCUUACCCAAAGAUACACACAAGCAAAACCAAGCUUUAGACGAGUUUCUACAUUCUGUUUUGACAUAAAGACAAUAUUGUUGUGUGUUGGUGAGCUACUGUAUUCAUGUAGUAACUCUGUAUCAAAAUAUGUUGAUGUAGGUCACUCACAGAUACCUCAUUAUUCUAUACACAAUCUCUGUAUAGCUCUCUUGUCAGCCAUGGCUGUUGUAGCAAGUCCACUGGAUAUACUUUACAAAGUAAACAAGAAAGGUUUUAGAUACCGACAGAAGAGGAAAAGUUUUACACAGACUGACAGGGGAGGUAACUGUAAUUGGUUGACUUGGAUACAACCCACAUUAGUAGCGAAAGGAGUAAAAAGUUAUGAAGACAUGAGAACAACUACUGCUUUAUACUUCCAUACAAGACUGUUAAUAUGUCAACCAGAGCUUAACUACCCUCUUACUCUACAGGCAUAUUUUAUGAAAGACUUCACCCUGUCUAUUCUGUUCCUCACACAAACAGUAACACCAUGCACCCAGGAGAAUAGUGAUGCUCCCCCGGGGGAACUUCCCUCCCCACGAAGUGUGAAAUACAUACACGAGGAACCCUCACAAGGGAAGAUUUCCGAGGAAGCUGUGCGAGACUUUACUAUGUCUCUGUUCAGAGUUCUAACACAUUCAACAGAGUUCUGUGAUGGCAUUGCUAAAGUGGUUAUACCAGUAGUUGAUAGAUGUGGAGAUUGGGGAUGUCUGGAUAUCAGGCAUGUACCUGGGAAAGAUAUGAAGAUACCAAUCUGGAUGGAGGGAAUAUUUACAUGUUUGAAACCAUUUGUACAAAGAAUUCUGAAACCAGUGAUAGAGUUUGUGUUGUGUCAGUCAGAGAUGCUACAUAUAACACCAGUUUCUGCUGUGAUGGAAGAACUUCCCUGUGGUUGUCGAACUCAUGCACCCACAACCACACCUAGGGCUUCAAGGAAAUCAGAUGCUGAUAGAGACACUGUGGAUUCUGUACUAAGACUGGUGUUAAACCAGAUAACUGAGGACAUGUUUGUUUUACCUGUCAGUGUGUGUAUGCUUUUUAAAGCUUUGGAGGCAGAAUGUGUGACAAAAGGAACUAAAACUCCUCAUCAUUGUGUUGGAACAAAGCUGGUUGCCUUGGCCCUACAGCAGUAUUUAUUGAAUACUACACAACUGAAUGAUCACCUUGGUUUUAAUCUCAGUAAUAAUGUGAUAGAGGAGCUGAAAUUACUAGCUGACUGUAUCUAUCAUGUUCUAGUGUCAGGGAAAGUAAAGGGUAGUUCUACACCAAGAUUAGCUGGAAGAUUUUGUAAGGACAACAAGGACUGGAUCAAUGAUAAACUGCAGAUUUUUGUGUUCUAUCUCAACAGCGAAAUCUUUGAUUUAACAGAAAACGCUCUUCAGCAUGCUGGGACAACAGAGUUUAAAGAUCAAAUGUACAUGUCAAUCACAAGUGAUAUACUCUCUACUACACAUGGUUCAACUGACCUGCAGCGGUUAUACUGGCUUCUACACAAUAAUGGUUCCUGGCUGCACAAUCAACUGGACAUAAAACAUACAUUACCCCUCACAGAAAGGGAUACCAGCCUCAGUAACUUCACCCUCGACAUGACCCCUCAUCCAAAGCCAACAUUCAACCCUCUGCAAGAACACCAGAGUAUUGGACCUUACAAAUUUGAUCAUGUAGCCAUUGAGAAUAUACCUUUAGACUGGGAGAAACUAUUACAAAAUGACCUUGGACUCAGUGAACUAGGGUUUCGAACAUUACUCUACAACCGGCACGAGAUGCAAGACGGAGCAUACCUAGAGGAAAGUGAGAAAAAGCCUGUUGCAAGUUUACGUGCCAUAUUUGAAAACGAUCCAAGAGAAUUGAGAUGAAAAUAUGAGAUAUAUUUGAUAGACAAGAUGUGAGGGAGAUUUAUGUAUAAUCUUGACAAUGUGAUAAAAGUGUUUGUUAUUUUACAUGAACAGGGUAUACGUUAUGAUGAUUUAUAUUCAACAUUUUUAUAUGAACCAAGAGCUUAGAAAUUUGGCAUGUAGCAUUGCUUAGGGUACCUAUAUCAGUUUUAUAAAUCAUGACUCUGGGGUAAGGCAUAGCCCCAUUCUAGGAGGCACUUACAUUAUGUAGAAAACACAUCUUUGAGAAAUACUACAAUGCCCAGCCAAAGCUUAUAUAAUUGGCAUGUAGCAUUCCCUAGAAGACCUCUAGUUUUAUGAAUCAUGCCCAUUGGGUCAAAAAUGUUCCUACUCCGAGAGUCAUUUAGUAUGAUAAAGACAUAUAAGAUCAAACAUUUUUGGAGAAGCUGCAUAAAUUGGUCUCUUCACUAAUUUAAAGAUUCUUGUUACAUGUAUUACUCAAGACAAAUUUUCACUUGGGUGUAUAUAUUUCCAUGCUUUGGUUGUGCACUUGUUUUGCCUUGAUAUGUAUUUAAUAAAUUACACCUACUCUUUUAUGUUAAGGCAGUAGGCUUUGAGAGUUGAUAUAGUUGGUGUAUCAUUGUAUUGAAAUAAUCACAAUUGAACAUUGGGCAGUUCAAAAUUCUGUGUAUUACCGUUUAAAAUUCACCCCUUAAUGGUUGCAAUUCAGGAAAACUACUUCUACUUUGCAACUUUAACACUGUAUUUAUAAUUAGAAUACAGGUCAAAUUGGUGCUACAUCCAACACAGCAAACAUAUUUAGAUAAUGUUAAUGUUUAUGUAAAUUUUUCACAUCUCCAGCAUGGUUGUACAUGUAUUACCUAUCUGCUAUUUAGAUUAAAUUUCUUGUUUUACACAAGAAAUAUAUUUCAGUAAUUUAUAUCAGAAAGUAAUUCAUGGAAAUAGUUGUUACACUUUCUGAAAAGGCAUUUUAAUUAUUAUUUAAAAUCUUGUUUAUAAUUUUUAAUUAAGUAUUUUUAUUGUUACAGGUUAUAGCAUUAUUGUUGAUUCUUGUUUAUUUUUCUGAUUGAUUUUUUUCUGUCAUUUUGAGUUUAGGAAGUCUGUAAUUACAGGCUAGGACUGUGUAUGGGUUUUAAACAAGCUACAUAAAUUUUGAUUUGGUAGUUAAUAAAUGUUUUUGCAUUAUUUAUUUUUUCUACUUCUCUCAAAAUGAAUCAUACAUGCACAUGUAUAUCAGUUGUCAAAAAUGAAUAUUUAUGAAAUAAUUUAUACAUACAGAUUUUUUUUUGAAUAUUUAUUCUGUGAAAAAACAAUAGAUUUUUUUUUUGAAUAUUUACUCUGUGAAAAAACAUUGUCCAUUACAAACAAAUAGAGUCCACCUGUACUGAGAACUGUUAUUAAUGCAUUUCAAUCUCCUGAAGAAAGUCUCCAUAAGAUGGUAACUGGUAGAUUAAAAUAUAUUUAACAUACUCUGGUGAGGGGCUCUUGCUUCUCAAUUUAUAACCACAAAAAAAUAAAUAAAUAAAUAAAGGAAAAGUAAAUGGAAACUAGAGUCUAGCCUGUGCUAAUGACCUUUUUUGAGUAAUUUUCAAUUACAUUGAUUUCAAUUAUCAUUUUUACACAGGGUUUGAAUAUAAAUAAUUUUUCAUCACAAAAAAUGUUAUUUUGUUAUCAUGUCUUCUUAUAAAUUGUUUAAAGGAGGUUCAUUUACAUUGUUACUGUUAAGUGUAUGUAGCUUAUUGUAUACCAUUUAGUGCAAUAUAUUUUUACAAUUUUAUCCGUCCUGUUAAUUUCUUGUUACUAGGGCUGGGAACGAAUAAGGAAUUUGAUGUUCGAAUAUUCUUUUUCUAUAUUCAAAUAUAUUCGAAUAUUCGUUUUUAAAACAUAUGUUCCAAUAUUUCUCUUUGACGUAUACGUAUCCGAAAUUAAUUGCGUCGAAUACAAUACUACUUAAAUAUGCUUGGAAUAAUCGACGAUUAAAAAUACCUUUAUUACUACGUAAGUUUUUUUUUAUUUUAUAUAUUGUAAAUCGACAUAUAUGUUUACUUUUGAAAUAAAUUCAUGAUUCGAUUGCCUUUUGUUCAGUUAAUCCGACUGCUUAGCAAUAACACAUAAUUAUAUUGAAACUUAACUUGUAUUAAAUAUUUUUUUUAAUUUAUUUAUAAUUUAGAUAAGGUGUAAAACAUUCUUCAGAUAAAUUUGCAGUAAAUAUCACACAAAGUCUGACGGAAUAUAGACACUUACCAUGCUUUCAUAAAGCACCGAUUAAUGCGUGUUGAUUUUUUCGUCUUCACAAAAUUUAAUACAAUUAUUGAUUAAUCGGAAAGGUCAUAGCACAGAAAAUAAUAAAUAAGAUAAUCAAAAUCGGAAAGAAUUACAUAAUAAACUGUUAAACAGGUAAAUCACAAACUGUGAAACUGGUGUCCUUUUGAUCAACUAGACCCCAAGGUUUUCACAGUUAAUUGGCGAUAAUCUUUGACACACGUCAUACAAACAUGUGAACACCUGGUCAAUAAAGGUUAAUGGUUUAAUUUACGAUCUUAAUUGAAAUUUGAAAGUAUUAACAAAAAAAACAUUGUUUUUUUUUUGAAUAUUGGUAUUCGUUUUUCAAUGUUUCGAAUAUUCGGAAGUGUUUCGAAUAUUCGAAUAUAAUUCCCGGCCCUACUUGUUACCCUCACUGAUAUUCAUUUCAAGUAUUUAUUUAUCUAUUUAUUCAAUUUUUAUUUAUUUAUUUAUUCUUUCAUGCCAAUACAAUAACCAAUUGUUAUGUGUACAUUAAUUCUGAAGGCUGCAAAUUAAAUGAGAAAUAUGG